AACAUUGAUCAAGUGUUGACGCAACUUUUCUCCCAUUGCUACAAUAAUCAGAUAGACAGACAGUGGGUAAGAUACGUAAAGCCGACGUACUUGUGAGCACACAAACCACAGUUUCUGUACUGCUUACUUUCCGUUUCUCUUCAGGAAGCUCUCGGCUUUUUUCAGCAGUAGUCAUGCAAAUGAGCUGUUUGUACUCCGCCGCGCUGUUGCCUCAGCACCAAUGCUUUCCAAGCCGGUGGAAAAAGCGUGUGCAACUGUAAAUGUCAUGUGUCUAUAUCUCCCAUGUUGGGUCAGACUCCCUCAGAAGAAGUACAGUGAUAGAGGUUAAAGACCCUUUUUACAAGUUGAGAGACCCAUUUGUUAUGUUUUCUGAAAUGACAGUAGGUUCAAACCACAGCCUGCCAAUCUCCAGGAGAAGGGUUGAAAGGAAUUUCUGCGUACUGGAAAAACAGGAACCCAGAUCUGAGAGGACCUGCCACUUUUCAGGGUCAAGGACAAAGUAUCAGAGAAAGACAAAAUCCCCCUGUCUCAGGACCUGUCUGACAUUUUGCCUCAAGGAGAGGCUGAGGAUGGAGCAAAGAAAAACACAAGUGGAUUCAUACAGUGAUGGAACUGAAGGGAGACUCAGGGAGCUGGCUUCAAAGUGGUUCUUAGAGACUCAAGUGCCGUUCAUUGUUCAUAACGGCUUCUUCCCCUCUUGGUUCCUGGGCUUCAUUACAAGAAAGGAUGCUGAAGAGAUACUCAGAGAGAAGGAGCUGGGCUGUUUCCUGAUCCGUCUCAGUUAUAAGGCCAUCGGAUACAUUCUCUCUUAUAAAGGUAGAGAUCGAUGUCGGCAUUUUGUGAUCAACCAAAGUGAAUCAGGGCAGUUUGUCAUCUGUGGAGACGCUGUAGGACAUGACACAGUCUCUGGUCUCAUAGAGUACUACAAGACCAGCUUCAUUCAGCCAUUUGGAGAGUAUCUGACAUCUUCAUGUUUUGAGAUGCUGAAUGAAGAUCUGUACGACAUAAUCCGGGUUAGUCCGACAGAAAAGCCUGCAGCCACUGUCAGAGAUGUUUUAAAUGUGCACAUGAGAAGCACAGAGCAGCUACCUGCUAGGCCACCAAAGAGUGUCAGGACACAAGACGAAGUACCACCACUGCCUCGGAGAAGCAGAAACCUUGACGCUGCCCCCCAGAAUGACCAGGACAAUGUUUUGUAUGCUCAGCUCAGGAAACAAUCACCCAGGGAGAGACCAAGAUCCCAACUCCUCUCUCAUGACAUUACAGCGGGAAAUAAGGACAUAAGCAGGGUUAGUCCUCCGUCCAGACCUGACUCUUACUCCCAGCUCUGCUUGCUGGACACUAAAAGCAGAUCUCUGCCGCUUCUGGACGACAAGUCUGAUGGAGAUCAGUCUUACAGGCUGAGUGCACCUCCAAACACACCACCAAGGCUUUCCCCGAGGCCUGUCAGACAAGCUGCUUCCUGCAGCCCACAGCCAGAGCGAGCAGACGCGUGCAGCAGGCUGAGCCGCAGCCACAGCCCGAAGCUCAUGAAUGUUGAUCCCGUCUAUCACCUGGCUGGCAUGCCUGGUUGUCUUCAAACUGCAGCGUCAGAGCUAUCGUUGACAUCAGGGGAGCAUGAGGAGUCAAUGUAUGCUGAAGUCUCAGCUGAAGCUCUCCUUUGCCGGAUCCCUCAUGUUAAUAAAUACAAAACGAUUCCUGUUCACAAGGAUGGAGCCCGACCUGAACCCGAAAGUAACACUUAUGAGCCUCUGGAGGACAUCAGACUAAAACAUAACCACUCAUCCUGGGGGUUAAAGACUGAUAAAUGGAAAUGGCUGUUCCCUGAGGCCAGGAGGAAAUAGUGAAGAUGCUACCUUACCAGCAUCUGGAGGAAAAAAUGAACUAAUUUUGCUUUGACACUACAGUGAUCCUAAAUAAUGCACACUCUGUUUUUCUUUUCUUUUUUUUAAUUAAUGUUCAUAGCUCUUAAAAUUAAGGUUUUUUUCUAUUAUUUAUGUAUUUAGCUGACAUGAUUAUGCAAGUGUAUGUAUUUUUCUAUUUUACAAAACAAUGUUAUUUACACAAGUCCAUAAAUGAC